AAAGUACAUUUUUUUAAAUGCCUUGUAGAUUUACCAGACCAGAGCACUUAGGAAGCAGUGCCAAGAUCAAAUGUAGCGGUUGCCAUAGCUAUCAGGAGUCCACUAAACAGCUCACCAUGAAGAAACUGCCAAUUGUCGCCUGUUUUCAUCUCAAACGAUUUGAACACUCAGCCAAACUGCGGCGGAAGAUUACCACAUACGUGUCCUUUCCCCUGGAGCUGGACAUGACCCCGUUCAUGGCGUCCAGCAAAGAGAGCAGGAUGAAUGGACAGUACCAGCAGCCGUCGGACAGUCUCAGUAACGACAACAAGUACUCCUUGUUCGCAGUCGUUAACCACCAGGGGACCCUGGAGAGCGGCCACUACACUAGCUUCAUCCGGCAGCACAAGGACCAGUGGUUCAAGUGUGACGACGCCAUCAUCACCAAGGCCAGCAUCGAGGACGUGCUGGACAGCGAGGGGUACCUGCUGUUCUACCACAAGCAGUUCCUGGAGUACGAAUAGCCUCCCCUCUGCUCGUCAGAGCACAGGCCAUGAAGUGGCGCCUCACAAAAUGACCCCACCCAGCACCACGGCACCCCCAUCCCCACAGCUGCAGCCCGGGCCAGGGCGUGGGUGUGGAUGGACAGCGCAUGGGGGGGACCUGGGAGCUGCACAGCAGGACAGCACGACAGGAAGGCGCGCCUGCCUGGGAGGGCGGAGGGGGUGUCACCGCUGUGUCUCCUGCUCCUCCAACAGGGUGUGGGGCCCCCCACGCAGGGAGCAGCCUCGCCUCUGCUCAGUGCUGCUGUGUGUGCCACCUCAGGAGGCGCCCGCCCACUGGACAGUCAUUCCAGGAGCAUGACCUCGGGGCAUGGAGAAGCCCGCGGGGAGGACUAGGACGGAGGGCCUGGGGGGUCUGAGUUUCCUGUUAAAUGUGUGCAGGGGGGGACUCGGCUUCUGCCCGCAGAGAGCAGCCCCAACUGCCUGGGGCGCCAGGCCGGCCCCUCCGUGCUCCCGGCCAGCCCCUCCCCGCCUCCCCCCAGCUCUUCCCUCGGACGGACUUCAUAACUGUGUGUUCGUGACUGGAUGAAUCGAGCUUAUGCUGAAAUCUAGAGUUUCAUUCUCAAGAGAGUCUUGCUCUUGUGCUGUGUUGUUGCCCCCACACCCACCCCCCCAAGCCUGGGUGUCCUGGUGGCUCCUGGCAGGUGUGAGUCAGGCUACAGUAGUAACAGUCUCAUCGUGUUCCUCUUGAGUCAGUGACACAUUUUUCGAUGGUUUCAUUGUUUUCCUCGUGUUUUCUCCUUGGCUGCCUGUCCCACCAGCUGUCACAGCUCGGGGGCCCUGUUGGGUGAGGGGAGUGCUCACCUUGCUGAGGGCCUGCUUCCCGGGGUCAGGCUGGGUGGGAAGGGCGGCUGCCUGCCUUGCGGGCAGAGCGGCGCGCGGCCUGUCCUGUGCUGCAUGCAUCUGUCUGUCCAGACCCCACCUCAGAGCGUUUGGUCCCUUUCUGAGACCUUGCAGCCCCGAGUCGCGGGGGUGGGGGGGUGGGGGGGGCGCGGGGGGCGCAGGGCGAGUUGCUUGGAUUUGUUGGCGGAGCAGCCUGUGGGCGUGCCGAGCUGCACUGUCCCUCCAGCUGCAGACUCUCCUGGAGACCAGGGGUAAGUGUGUGGCUCUGUGGCCACAGGUAACAGGUGAGCAGAUGAGCCUGCUGUGUUCCCACAGAGCUGUAUUGAUGGGCACUGGAACGUGAAUCCAUAUAAUUCACAUCAUGAAGUUUUUUUCACUGUUUAAAAAUGUGUCAACUACUCUCAGCUGACAGGCCACACAGAAGCAGGCAGGGGGCCCGACUAGCUCGUUAGCUGGGUGAGUGGGCAGGGCGGGUGCUCCAGGAGUUGAGCAGUUAUCCUCACUGUGGAAAAUGCUGGAACAUGCAAAGCAGCUGCCCUGCAGAGCCGUCCUACGUGGCGAAAUCCCGAGAGAUAGGUGUUCUCUUUCCAUUAUUUUCCACCUCUACCCACGCCUGUCCCCUGGCAGCCCCCACACUGUUGUUUGUGUCCAUGAGUUUUGUUCUCUCCCUUUUCCUCACUCCCCCCCUUCCAGUGCCCUGCCCUCCAUCGCUGUCAGCCUGCUUUCUGUCCAUGAGUCUGUCUCUGUGCUUGUUUGUUCAUUAGAAUUCACAGAGUGAGAUGAUGUGGUACUGGUCCCUCUCUGACUGGCUUAUUUCACUUAGCAUGAUACUCUCCAGGUCCCUCCAUGCUGUCUCAAAGGGUAAAAUUUUCUUCCUUUUAAUGAUCAAGUAGUAUUCCUUUGUGUGAAUGUUCCGCCGCUGUUUACCCACCUCUACUGAGGGCACUUGGGCUGCUUCCACAUCUUGGCUGUUGUAAAAAAUGCAAUGACUACAGGGGCCUCAUGAUGGUUUUUGAAGCACUUGCUCAGCUCACUCUCAGUUAUGUUUCUGCGUUUAUGGGACGCCGGCUGUAAAGCAUGCUUUAAAAUAGCAAGUGUUUUCAGGCAAGUAGGGGGGGCAGACCUUCAGGAAUGGCUGCCUGUGUCGAAGGUGUGUUCCUGCCGGGAAGGCUGCUGGGGGAGGGGCGUCCUCAAUGAUGAGCGCAGCUGGGCGGCGAGCGGACUGCGCUGGGCGGGGUGCUGAGGCCUGAGGUCUCCCUGCGACUGCUGCUGGGGUCUCCUCGCUGGCUGGAGGCUAUCAAGCAGGGUGGGGAGUUUCUGGAAGAUUAUGUGAUCUGGCCGGCCUGCUCCCCAACCUGUGCUCCCCUACCCUCCCGCUGUCACUGGUGCUCAGAGGCUCAGCCACCCUGAGGACACGGGACAGGGAGAGCAGUGGGCCCACGCGUGUCUUUUGUGGACAUUAUUUGAAGCGUGUGUCUCCAAGUUAGUUCUCUCUCUCCUUCGCCUUGGGGCUCUGAGCACUUACCCGGCCCUGCCCGCAAGGGCUCCCCUCCUCCUGCCUCCCAGGGAUCUGUGGUAGCGAUGAAAUGUUACAUGAAAUGUCCUUGUAAAAGAAGCUCCCAGUCCAGCUAUUAAAUUCAGGAAAAUGGUUUUUGUUUCCUAACAACCACCACUACGUAGGUUCCUGUCGUCACCAAGUGUGUCUGACCACCAUGGAGUCAGGUGGCCCCUCCACUCCCAUCAGCGCAUUUAACAACCUGAACUGAGACGCGGCUGUCCCUGCGCGCUUCUCAGGGGCACGGCGGGCUUUCCCUCUUCAGGGUGCGGAGAGGCUCCCAGCAGUGGGGGUGCUGGGCCCGCGGGUCAGGCCGGCCAGGGGCAGCCUUCGGCCCACGCGGCCCCUCCUGCAGGGGCCUAGCCGGCCCAGGAGCUUUUGUGGUUUGGCUUAGUGUGUGCGCUUUCACCGUGUAAAAUUGCCGGCUGGGGUUUUGUGCGUGUGUUUGUGUUUGCUUGUUUUUUAAUAAUUGAAGUGAUUGGGGCCUGUUAUAACCAAAACACACAUUGUAAGAAAAAGAUCCCAGUGAUCAUGCCGUGGGUUUGUGCCAAGAUGUCUGCGCCUCUUCCACCUGCUGUGUGAGGAAUACGUGGCCCUUCCCUCCCUUCAUGCUUGUAGUCAUUCUAUGUCAUAAUAAAGCAACAUUUUAUUCCGAA